CUAUUUUGUAUUGUGUUGGAGUUUUUUCCCUCGGGAGAUGAGGUGGAGGAAAACAGACAGACAGUGUUGGAGCUCAAAUGAAGGAAACUCAUGUGCUUAUAUAUGAUUUUUAUUUGGGCGGCACUUGGAUUUUUUGAGUUUGUUUUUAUUUUGUAUAUUUUGGGGGGUUUUCGACCCAGGAGAUGAGCUAACUCUCAAACAUAAUGUCUGGAAACGUCGAUGAAGAGGAGGCCAACGUCACCCACACAGGCCCAAAGGGAGUGAUCAAUGACUGGAGGAGGUUUAAGCUUGAGAGCAUGGACCAGGAGUCCCUGCCCCCCCAGAAGAGAGAGCUGCUCAGGCAGAUGUCCUCCCCACACAGGCCCAAAGACGACGGCAGGGGAAGCCUGAACCGCAAGAUGAGUGUACAGGAGUAUGAGCUGAUUAAGGAGGAUGACGAGAAGUGCAUGAAGAAGUACCGCAAGCAGUGCAUGCAGGAGAUGCACGAGCGCCUCAGCUUCGGUCCCAAGUUCGAGGGCGUGUACGAGCUGGAAAGCGGCGAGGCAUUUCUGGAGGUCAUUGAGAAGGAGCACCGGCUCACCGUGGUGGUGGUGCACAUCUACAAGGAGGGGAUCAAAGGUUGCGAUGCGCUCAACUCCUGCCUGGACUGCCUGGCCACUGAGUACACUAGCGUCAAGUUUUGCAGGAUCGACGCUGGAGUGACUGGUGCGGGGGAGCGCUUCACUGAUGACGUCCUGCCCACCAUGCUGGUGUAUAAGGCUGGCGAGCUGUUGGGUAACUUCCUGGCCACCAACCAGCACUUCAACGAGGAGUUCUUCGCCACCGACGUGGAGGCUUUCCUCAACGGCUACGGCCUGCUGCCGGAGAAAGAUUUAGUCGUUGGGGGAGAGGAGGAGGAGGCAGCCGUGGAUGUGGAGGCAGUGGAGUGAAGGGGUUGUGGAAGAGAGGUGUGUGGAGGAGGAGAUGGAGGACAGGGGUUUAUGGUGUGGUGGAGUGAUAAAGGGUUGGUGGGGUUGAAGGAGGGAAGUGUGUGGAGGAGGAUAUGGUUUUGUGAUGGAUUGAUGCUUGUUUUGUGUAACAAAGUAGCAGACGCACACAGACUGGGUUGACUGCACUAGAGGGGCCUGAGCGUACUGUAGAAGGAGUCCAUUCCCUAAAUAAGGGAUCAUUUCAAUGUUCAUCUAGGAAAGAAACCUCAGCAGCCUGAGUAUGGGUGGCCUGUGUACCUGAUGUGGAUUAGGGUUUGCAUUCCUACUAGAAAAGGACCGUUCCAGUUAACUUAUUGUUGGGAGCCAAAGUUGAUCUAUUAUUAGGCUCCAUGUAUGAAAGGGGGAAAACAUGAUAUCACAUAUUGGGCCGAUUCUGAUUAGGAUUACUCUGGGUCCAGGACACCAGCCUAUGGUGUUUCUGGGUAAUAUUUAAUAUAUUAUAUAUAUGUUAUAUUUUCAAGUCUUUAGAAUGAUCUUUUUUUCAAGGUUAAAUUACAUAUUUAUUUUAGGUAUUUACAAACGCUGUAAGCUUCUAUAAUAUUUAAUAAAACAAAACAUGAAUAACAUGAAAAAACAUAACAAACCAAACGUGUCAUU